GACCAGCUGCCUUUUCUAGCCCAGAGCAAUGGAGACAAAUGAUUCCUCUCGCGUGGACUCAGAGUUCCGAUACACCCUCUUCCCGAUUGUGUACAGCAUCAUCUUUGUGGUGGGGGUCAUCGCCAACAGCUAUGUGCUGUGGGUCUUUGCCCGCCUGUACCCUUCCAAGAAACUCAAUGAGAUCAAGAUCUUCAUGGUGAACCUCACCGUGGCCGACCUGCUCUUCUUGGUCACCUUGCCCCUGUGGAUCAUCUACUACUACCAUCAGGGCAACUGGAUCCUUCCUGCGUUUCUGUGCAACCUGGCCGGCUGCUUUUUCUUCAUCAACACCUACUGCUCGGUGGCUUUCCUGGCCGUCAUCACCUACAACCGCUUCCAGGCAGUGACACGGCCCAUCAAGACUGCUCAGGCCACCACCCGCAAGCGUGGCAUCUUUUUGUCCCUGAUCAUCUGGGUGUCCAUUGUGGCCGCUGCGUCCUACUUCUUUGUCCUGGACUCCACCAAUGUAGUGCAAAGCAAGACGGGCUCGGGCAACAUCACGCGCUGCUUCGAACAUUAUGAGGAAGGCAGCAUCCCGGUGCUCCUCAUCCACAUCUUCCUCGUGGGCGGCUUCUUCCUCGUCUUCCUCAUCAUCCUCUUCUGCAACCUGGUCAUCAUGCGCACGCUGCUCCUGCAGCCCGUGCAGCUGCAGCACAACGCAGAAGUCAAGCGCCGGGCGCUGUGGAUGGUCUGCACGGUCCUGGCUGUGUUCAUCACAUGCUUUGUGCCUCACCACAUUGUGCAGCUGCCCUGGACCCUGGCCGAGCUGGGCUUCCAGAACAACAGCUUCCACCAGGCUAUCAACGAUGCACACCAGGUCACCCUCUGCCUCCUUAGCACCAACUGUGUCCUGGAUCCCAUCAUCUACUGCUUCCUCACCAAGAAGUUCCGCAAGCACCUCACCGAGAAGUUCAACAGCCUACGCAGCAGCCGGAAAUGCCCCAUGGCCACCAUGGAGACAGGCACCGAAGUGGUCUUGCCACUCAACCACAUCCCUGCCAAUUCCCUCAAAAAUUAGU